AGCAGGGAGGCGAUCAGUCUCCGUCCCAAUUAAUUUCGAUCGGGAGGAGGUAGAUGGGAAGACGAGAGAGUGGGCUUAAUUUAAAGGAAGAGGAUGAAAGCUAGGAGAGGAAGAGGGGAGAGUGCGGCAACAAGGAGAUGAGCGAGGAGGAAGAGAGGAGCAAGGGGCAGUAUGGCACCUUACAGGGCGCCCCCGACUACGCCCAGCCUGCGAUCGGCUUCCCUGAGCCGGUGCCACCGACGGGCCUCACCGCUUCCCGCCAGGUCCACCCGCCGCCACAGCAUCAUUACGCCCAAGGGUAUCAAGCCAUCCCGGGUUAUGCACCAGUUGAAGGAACACCAGUUAGUCUGCCACGUCUCCCUUGCUGUGGUUUAGGCGUCGGUUGGCUUCUGUUCAUACUUGGUUUUCUCCUAGCGUCUAUUCCAUGGUAUGUUGGAGCUUUCAUUUUAUGGUGUGUCAGAGUAGACGACAGGGAGAAACCAGGCUUGGUUGCUUGCACAAUCGCAGCUGUGCUCGCUGUAAUUGCUGUUAUUAUCGGUGCAACGAAGGAAGCUCAUGUGUGGUGAACAAGCAGCAUUAUGUGAUUGUGUAUAAUAAAUAUUCCAGAUCAUAUAUAUUUGUGUGUGUGUAAGCUGGCCUAAAUGUCACUGGGUUUGGAACAUGUUAAGUACUUCCUGAGUGAUUCCUGGGGAAAAAAAAUCUUGUUACUUGUACUGAGUUUUUAUUAGUAUGAUGAUGUUGUUUAUUUGAA